AUGCCACGACGUUUCCAUGGACGAAGGCUACAUCGUCAAAUUCCACACUAUCCGGCUCGCAACGAAAAGCAUGCUGCAUACUGUAGCGUUCGUGAAUAUCACGUGACGUGCGGUCCAGAAAGGCACUGCGAUAAAAGCUGUGAUAAUAUGUACAGCCCGCCGCACUGCUAUCACGAUGCUACCAAUCCGAAAUGUUACUUCCCGAGAUGUCUGUGCAAGGAGGGCUUCGUUCGUAAUGCUCUCGGUCAUUGCAUAUGGGAACAUCAAUGCCCGAACAGAUACAGCGAACCAAACAAGAAUUCGACUGAUUCCGACGGAAUGGUGAUGGAAUUCGUGCCAUUCGUACGUCCACGCCAUCGUGCACGAAAAGCACGCCAUCCACAUCGUCAUCGCCGUCUUCAACUGGAGAUUCUUGUGCAAAAUGAGAACGACUUGCCUCGUCCUCCAUUGGAAACACGAAACUUUGCCAGUUUGAACGGUUGGUGUACGAGAACCUCCCGCGAUCGUUUGCGGCUCGUCCACUUUCAACGUCUAGUCGAAAUUCUGCCUUCCUUCGCACCUUUCUCGCUAAUUGUCACAAUGGAAAUGUUAACUGACCGUUUCGUCACCUUCCUUUCAAGUAGAUCACCAGACUGCAGUGUUCUCAGCUGGUCCUGUCGAUCAACGCGACGACCCACAAGAUAG